AUGCCUUGGUUUGGGGGACGAUAACCGAGGCGCAAUGCCUCCAUCUUGUCUUGAAGGGGAUUCGUAUCGAUAGGCGAUAAACGAGUGUUGCUUGCCGUUAUCGGGAACCUCCUUAUCGAGUGACCCGAUAGUGUAUUGUUACCCGUUUGGGAAGCGAUUGGCCACCAUGCCAUCCAACUUUCUGAGAAUCGAGGUGGCACCAACACAUUCAAGAUCUUGGUCAAGAGCUCAGCAUAUAUGAAAUUGAUUGACUCGCCAGAGAGAAGCAGCUACACGGCCAGUGAACCAACAACCUUACCCCGCACAGAAACUCAACACUACUACCCACCACCAAAAUGCCUAAUCCACCACACCAGGCGAACAACCCCCAGGUUGUCGAGUUGGACGCCUCAGCCCCAAUCAAAGAAAUUGCCAACGUUAUCCGGCGCGAUGGUGGAAUCAUCAUCAAGAACUUUCUGAGUCCCGAGGUCAUCGACCAGAUUCAUGCCGAGGCCCAGCCCUACUGGGGCAAACUGGGUACUUACGUGGGCAAGCUGUUUGAUGCCGCUGAUCCUCCGCUCAGUGGCUUCGCAGGCAAAUCACCCACCUUUGCUCAUAAAGCAAUCAACCACCCGACGUUCCGAGAGACGGCCAAAGCUCUUCUGAGAGAAGAAUCCAAUGUUUACCGGGAUGGAAAGAGGUACACUUGCGUGUCUAAUCCCGUUCUGGCCGUGUCCGAAGCCUUCAACCGCGGUUCUCCCUCGACAGCCCAGCAGCUCCACCGCGAUGACAUGGCACAGCACUUUGAUCACCUUGAGGGUAGUGGGGAAAGCUCUUUGCUGGGUCUUCUUGUUGCUGGCGUCGACACCACCUUUGAAAAUGGAGCGACGCAGGUCAUUGUCGGCUCCCACAAGUGGCCAGAGGCAGCUAUUCGUGGACCUGCCGACCGUUCACUCUGCUCAACCUGCGAGAUGAACAAGGGCGAUGCUGUGUUCAUUAUCGGAAGCAUCUGGCACGGUGCUGGAGAGAAUAAGACAAACCCUCCAGAGCGGAGGAUUAUCUAUUCCUGUCAUAUGACUCGAGGUUCACUUCGCUCGGAUGAGAACCAGAUGCUAGGUGUUGACAUGGAUGUCGCCAAAACGUACGAACCUGAGGUGCAGUCUUUGCUAGGGUAUUCGGUCAGCCAUCCAAACUGCGGUCAUGUUGACAUGAAAGACCCCAUCACCCUGCUUGGCAGCACUGAGGAUCCGUUUGGGUAUGGCAGCUUCAAGGGCCAGGAGGUUUCUCCGUCACAGAUCAUCGUGCCUUAG